GAGAGAGAAAAAGAAGAGUUUAACGAAGAAAUCUUUGGAUUUGUCUUGGAAGAGUUCUCUCUUUAGAUUUCAAAAAGUUUCAGUAGAGUGGCCAGCAAGUUUGAAGAAAUCAAAAAGAUAUUCAAUAAGAAAUGGUAAUAGCAGUGGUGGAGAUCCAAGAAGGGAAGACAACUAUAAUCGAAGGCCGUAUCAUAGAGACUCCCAAGGAGAGUCCGAAUCCCCCCAACCCCUCAGGCCAGUGUCCCAUCUGCCGUUGGAACCUGAAGCACAAGUAUACCUAUGAGGAUGUUCUGCUACUAAGCCAGUUCAUCCGGCCUCAUGGAGGCAUGCUGCCCCGAAAAAUCACAGGCUUAUGCCAGGAAGAACACCGCAAGAUUGAGGAGUGUGUGAAGAUGGCCCACCGAGCAGGUCUGCUCCCAAAUCACAGGCCUCGGCUUCCUGAAGGAUUUGUUCCAAAGAGCAAACCCCAACCCAACCGUUAUCUGACCCGCUGGUCUCCCCACUCCGUCAAGCCCAUCUACAAAAAAGGUGCCCGCUGGAACAAGGUGGGCAUGGCUGUGGGGUCACCACUCCUAAAGGACAACAUCUGCUACUCAAGAACGCCUUUGAAAUUCUAUCAUUGACUGAGACCUAGCCAGAGCACCUCCUGCACAUCUGCUGGGGAGCAGCAGCAGGCCAGCUUGGGAGCCCCCACAGCUGUCCUUCUGCCCUCCACCAUAGGAUGGCCUGGCCAGCCAGCACAAAUGCACAAGGGAUAGUACUUUAGUGCUCUUGCUGCCAGCAACAGUGCUGGGAGCUAGGGGCAGGCAAGCUGGGUCCUUUGGCAGUUGCUGUGAUUUUAUGACUGGCUUGGGUGAUGGUCAGUGCUGGGGCACAGGAGUUUUGCCAGAAGCAAUGUCAUAAACCCGACCACGGACUUACCUUCUGAGUGUGUGCUUGCUGCUUGGGAAGUCUGGGAGCCUGAGCAUGUUACCAUCUGGUUGCUGAGCAUCAAGCCACUAAGCCCUUACAAUGGACCACUGGAGUGCCGCUGGAUGGAGUUCAUGCACUAAGCAGGUUCCAUACUUUUUAUUGACAGCUCUGAGCGCCUUAUUCUGGAGAACGUGAGUUAAGCUGCAUGGCCUACAUGUAGCUCUCACCUGAGUCUAAGGAGCUGCCUUCCUCAGAGGAUUGCUGGUUGUCACCUCCCACGGCCAUGCCACCCAUCAUUAUCUAAUGUCUCCUUUAACACAUUCGAGUUCAUUGCCAUUUGCUUUAGGUAGGUUUCUUGGCUCAGUGGGCCUCUCCUUAGAGAUUGGACACCAAAAGGAGGCAGAAAUAAGGAAAGGCAAGACAAAACAAAUAAGCCAAGCUCAUUCUUUAGACUGAGCUGAAUACCCGGGUUUCUUCCAUCCUACAGCAUGAAGGGCAAGUCUAGGUUCUUCUCACCCGUGCCCACAUAGAUGUAGCCGUAGUUCUUGGUGCGGGGAGCAUGGUAGAAGGUGAGACCUGGCCAGAGCAGGCUGCGCAGAACAACCAAAGCGUUGCCUCUCUCCAUCUGGAUGCUCCAUGACCCUGCUGGCAGAUGGCAGAGGUGAGGCCUGGUUCUGUGGAGGGGACGACAAGUGUGCUUCUCCAUUUCAGCUAUUUCGCGGCUCAUAAAAACCGCUUCUAGAGGGAGGGCUAAGGAAGUGCAGAGUGAAACUCCAACCACUGGGUUCUGUUCCUAUUGGCAAGUCUAGCUACAGGUUGAUCCACAGGCAUAGAGGAGAUGGGAGUGGCAGGGAGAUACCCUCCAGCCUCCUUUCCCUCUAUGUUAGGGGUAAUCACCAGUAACUUUGGCUCUGGUGUGGUUUUGCCCCUGCUUAGAUUUCGUCUCUUCCUCAGUCCCAGAAGCCUCUGUUCUUGAGAGGGACUAAACCAGACCAGGGGCUCAAGUAGAAGUUUGACCACUUCUGACAGCUCAGCUCAGCGCCCUUUCUGACAGCUGGUAGACUGGGAGCAGUCCUUAGUGGAAGGGAGAGGUGGCUGCCGCCAAGGAGCCCCUGUUUAUCCUGGGUUCUGCCUUGGUUUUUGCUUCUCCAGACAGGAGCAGCCCAGCCCAGGGCUGAGUUGUUCAGCCAUGAGGACUUGGCUAGAAGUGCCUGAUCCAGCUCCAGAUCUGAGGGAGGGAGCCGCUGUGUGGGAGGAAGGAGCCUGGGAAAAUCGCCUCUGGAUGCAGAUCUGGGGCUUCUAUUCCCCUGCGCACUGAGGCCUCUCCCGAACCAGCCGCAGCCCUGUUCCAGGGCCUGCCAGAAAGGCAAAUGCUUUGAAGGUUCUGGUGUUGGACCAGCCAGCCGCGCACUGAGCUCCUCUGAAGCCUUCAUCAGCUGCCAGCUCAGCCCGCCUGCUUGGCUCCCACUGCCCUAGCUUCCCACAGCCCACCUCCAACCAUGGCCCACCCUGGUCACUCCACACCCAACAGCCUCACAAUUCAGUCUCCACCUACUGGAGGCCACCCUGCCUCCAAGAGACCUGAUUGCUGGGAACGCUGGACGCCGAUGGCAGAUCAGCUCUGCACUAGGGGUAACUGCCUGCCCAGGUCAAAUAAUAGGCCUCUGAGAACAUAGAGGUCUGUUCCUGGCCCUCUGGGCUCACUCAAGCACUAUGUAGUGGCUGCAAGUGCUACCACCCAUGCAUGGCAUGAUGACGUGGAUGCCCCAGUGUGUGCUGGCUGGCUCUCCCACCCUCAGUGCCUGUCAGAUCUCAUCAAGAAGGAAGUGAAUGUCCCUGUGUUGCCAGGGCUCUGGCUAGAGCACUCCCCUGAGAAGAGGGCAUUUCUCCCGGGUCUAUAACCUGUCUUUGGGCACCUGAGGCUCUGCUCAUCCAGGCCACCCCUCCUCGGAUCUAGAGGCCCUGGCCUGUUGCUUUCCUGGUCACGCAUCUCCAGGAAAUGCUGCCUGGGGAGAUGCAGGUGGCGAUGUCAGAACAGUAUGUUCCCAGGGCGUUGUUUGGCCUUUGGCAAAAAUCACAGCCCGAGAAGGUGCUAUUCCCUGGACUUCGUCACUCCUGCCAGGCAGAGCAUCAUCUGCGGCCAGCUUCUUAUCAAGGCACGGUCCUUCCUGACAUUGGAACCCAUGGCCCCUUUAAAAAAGACAAGACAACUUAUUCCUCCUUGCCCGUACAGGGAGAGUGGCUUGCAGCCUCCCUGGAUCACCUGCCGCCCUAAGAAAAUGAAAUCCUAGAGCCCACCCCCAACCUAGGCCCUCAUCAUUCAGGUAAGGACUGUCUGCACUUGCCCUCAUACCAGCCUGCCUGCCCUAGGCCUCGGUAACCUUGCCUGCACUAGAUAAGGGAAGGGAGUCACAGUGGCUCAGGCCCAUCAGCAGAGUCUCCCACACAGAGAGCAAGGGGAAGCUAGAGAAACAGCACCCCCAGCAGGGCAGGAGGGCAGUGCCAAGCAGGCCGAAGGGUGCUGGCAGAGUUAGUGGCAUGUGAGGGGCUGGCCAGCUUACAGCACUGCCUCCUUCCUCCCUCACAUUCCUGUCACACUCCUGUCUUGUCGUCAUCGCUGGCUCAGCUGGUCACCCAGGAAACGCACAGACUCUCAACGUGCCAGAAGUCACGUAGCAUCUACCUGAGGAGCCAGGCACUUGCUAUCACCUUAACCCACUUCUUAUUUCAUAGACUGAAAAGGCUAGGCCCAGCCAGUUGCUGUCACCCCUUUAGGACUCAGGGAAGCAGCCUGGUAUUUUGGUUUAUAGUCUGGUCUCUUCCCUCCUGCCUGUGGGCAGCCACGCUUCUCCACGCUUUGAGGAUAUGGGUGACAUGAACUGAUAGAUCAAGGAAGGGCCUCCUAUAAGGGGCAGGUGGUCCUCCUGGGUGUCCCAGGCUCGCUCUCACUUUGCUGGAGUGGAGACUCAGGCCAGGGUCUACUUACAAUUACAUUCUCCUACCAAUUAGGAAGAAAGGCAGUAGCGCUCUGAAAUUAAGAUUGAGGGAGAAAAUGGGCCAGGCUGCGGAUCAGGGUUGUCCAGGGGCAGCAGAUAGCUUGAGACCCUCUCCCCAGACUAGCCUCUCCCUCCUGAUCUUGUCACACACCAAAAAAAAUGACCAUGGGUUCCCAGUGGAGGGAGCCAUGACUGCCCCCACUAGUGCCACAAGAUAGACAAACCCCCUAGAGGCCUGGGGACAGAAGAGGAAGAGAAUAUCUCCCCUGAUGUCAACCUCCUGUCUAAUUGAUAGGCAGCAGAGCCAGGGACCCUAGUCCAGAAGGUCAAGUAUGGUCCAGUAUGACUUCCAAGGGACUUGGAUAUGAAGAGCCGCUACACACCCCCCCAGAAGACUGAUCCUGGCACCAUGUUCCCCAUCCCUCUCCAAUACCACUGUCUCACUUGUACACUCCCCAACCAACACGGUAGCUUUCAAAGCCGCUCUCCAGGCAGCAGGACCCUUGCUGCCCUCUGCUGCUCAAGCUGAGCAUAUGCUUCUGAGAGAUGGCUGGUGAAGGAGCCCCGGCCUGCACCUGGCCCUUCCUGCCAUCUGCUCCAGUCCAGAGUGGAGCAAGGACAGGAGCUCCACCCUCCAGCCCUCCUGCUCUGCUCCACUCUCCUCUCUGUCCCCAAGACACCAGUGAUCCCAUUUGUAAGACACCUUCUAGCCUAGGUUUUCCCUUCCCAGACUUUGAUUUGAUCUCCCCAAAUCUCUGUUAUGUAAGGGAGCUAUCUCAUCCUGAGGAAACCAAAAGGGCCUGUCAUGAAGCAGCUGCUCUGUGGCUGUUGGAAAGGUUCAGGAGCAUUGAGUAGCAGAACACUGUCUAGACCCAGUACUCCACCUAUGUCACCUACUGUUCCACCUGUUACUCAGCUACAGCCUAGAGUCAGAGAACUCAGGCACUGCCCUGAAUCUACCAGGAGGAUGGGCACUGCCACCCCAGAAGUAGGCAGUAGCCCCUAAAGCCACCCAGAUCCCAGGGAAUGGCAUGACAGUUCAUAAUAGCACAUUGGCUCCAGGUAACAUCCCUUUUUUAGCCAAGGUUGGCCCAGGGACAAGCUGUUGAACUCCUGGCCUAUCUCCAUUGGCUCAGAGAGUUGGAAUCCAGGGACCUAACCAACCUAAACCACACCUGCUCAGAGGUGACACGUUCCCCUGAACAUUGCCUCAGAUCCAAAAACCAUACACAAUGAUCUGGGCUGGGGCUGUAGCUCAGUGGUACAGCACUUUGCCCAGCGUGUGUGAGGCACUGGGUUUAAUCCUCAAUGCCACAUAAAAAUAAACAAAGGUAAGCUGCUCAUCUACAAUAGUUUAAAAAAAAAACAGUUAUCUUGCCUGGGCAUAGAAUAGCUGCCAAAUCCUACCCUCUAGGCAAGUCUGGUGUCCAGGGAAUACUUUCUUAGGGUUUUGGCCCCACCUAGCAGCCCAGCCCUCUCAGAUGCUGUCUGUCUGGCAGAGGAGUCCCCCAGCAGCUCAUUCUCUUUUGCUGACUGCUAAGGAAUGGAGUCCUCCCCAGUGGAGCUAUCUGCUCUCUCCUGACUAUCCACACCCCCACAUACACACAUGCCCCCCACUAAACCCUCAUGAGAAAAAGCUGGGGUCUGACUUCCUGUAGGUUUUCUGGUCGUAACUCUGGGAGGAAGGGUUAGUAACCUAGAGGCCAAAGGCUGUGGGAGGUUUCCAAAGGUAGAGCCAAGAGUACCCCCCACACACACACCUGCACAGAAGCCAGGACCUCUCAGCUCCUGAGGCCAACACUGAGGACAAAAGAACAUGCUGGAUGGCCUGGGAAGUGGAAUCCUCAGGGAAUCCUGUAGCACUGGGACCCACAAUCAGGGCAGAAUACUGAGAGUCUCUGAAAUAUGCCUAGGCCCUAUGCCUCCCAGAGGCCUGAUAGACUCACUCGCCAAUUGGACACACCAGGGUGGCCUCAGCAGCCUUUAGCACAACUCCCAAAACUCUACAUCUUACUUCCGCUGCUGCAAGGAAAGACAGUGCAGACUGAGCUGAUGGUGUUUCCUUGGAAGACUUUGCUGCCCCCACCGCCCAGUCUGAAUGGCUUUGAUCUUAGAUGUAGAAGCCCUGGUGACCUCCUUGCCCCUCCCACUGGGCAAAGGGAAAGCCCCAUCCUCCCACCCCACACAUCUAGCUGCAAGGAAAGAGGCUACAGAUGGCUUCCCUGAGCCAGGGGUGCGGUUGCCACCCCAGACUAAGGAAAUUAGAAAGAUUUCUAUGGGUCCAUCCUCUGCCCCUGGUGCUGAAUCCCACCACCAGAAUCUCUGGUCCCUUUGUCAACAGGGGGUGUGCAGCACUCUCCAGCUUUGAGCAAAGCUGGGGGCAGAGUUGGAGGAGAUAAGUCUAAGAACUGUGUCUGAUCCUCCAACUCCUAUAGCCCUUCCUCAUCUCCCCCACUGGACUGGGAGCCCCUCCUACUCUUCACUGUGGGACUGGAAGACCUCAAGGGUGCUUAAUUUGGACACCCCCAUGUGGCAGCAGCCAGAAUGGCCACUCCUUGGUGGCAGCUACCCACUCAGGACCACUCCCUGGCCCCUGGGUGCUACAGUGGCCCUGAGACAGCCUCUUGAGGCCUGGCUUGCCUUGUCCCUUCUCUCUCCACCUGUGCUGCAUUAUCAUCACAGACCUGCUUCCAAACCAUCAGCAGCUUCUGUCUUGGCCUUCUGGGUCUUGCUAGGCCUGCCCCAAUUCAUCUCUACUGAUUUUUUGCCACUGAAAAUCAUUAUCAUUAAUACUCAUUUUUAUUUGAGUGUUUCCUGUGUGCUAGGUCCUAUUAUAAGAAUUUUGUAUAGGAGUUACCUCAUUUAAUCCUCAUAACAGCCCAAUGAGAUAGAAAAUAUCUAUUUCUGCAUUUAGAAAUGAGGAAACCAAGGCACAAGGAACUGGAGGAACUUGCCCUAAGGCACACAGCUAGUCAGUGGCAAUUCAAGAUUGCAGCCCCAGUUCUGCCCCCAGAGCUCUUGCCACCCCACUCCUCCCUUAGGUUCAGCCUUGUUGGCUGCUUGUUGCUCCUCAGAAGUGUUUUUCCUAGUGCUAGAAGUAACUAUUGUCCCUUCAUACCCACUGUCACCUGUCACUAUUUGACACCACAGUUAAUGCCAGAGCCUUGGAGUCUACUGCUCAAAUAGUGUGUCCUUGGGGUUAACUCUCAGAACUGCUAUUUCUUCCUCUGUAAAAUGGGGAUAACAGCUCAUAGGCCGGCUGCAAAGAUUAAGAUUAGAUAAGGCAUGGGAAUGGCUGAGCAUCGCACCUGGUCCCAACAAGCAGUUGUCAUUGCUUUUAUGAAUUAGUUAUUGUGACUGUCAUGAUCACCACCAUCAUCAUCAUCAGAUCCCUCUAGUUCUCAGAAAUGCCAACCACAGAAAGAAAAAAAGCACAGUACUAAGUCACUAUGCGUCUGAUCCCCAAAGGCCUACAACCUCACACCCAUCUCAGGUGACAGCAUCAAUAGACGCAUUUUUCUCUGCUGGUAAUGCUUAAAGGAAGGAAAUUGGGUGUCUAUGGCCCUGCCAGAAACCACUGGCCUCUGAAGCUCUAUAUUUUAUGAUUCAAAAGUACCACAUACAGGGAGCUGGGCAUGGUGGCACACAUCUGUAAUCCCAGGGCUCGGGAGGCUGAGGCAGGAGGCUCCCAAGUUCAGAUCCAGCCUUGGAAAUUUAGUGAGGCCCUAAGCAAUUUAGUGAGCAAUUUGUCGGGAGCUGCCCUGGAUGCAAAUGCGCUUAAGUCCUGAAGCACCAGGUUCUGACCAAUUAUUGCCUUCAGUCUGGCAAGGCAAUGCCAGGUAGCAGUAACUUAGGCAUUACCCGGCUCGGAUAAUGAGGCGUGGCUCCAGGUAUAGGUGUCACCAGCAGGGGUUGAGCUACACUCACCUGUUUCUUUGUAAUCCUACCCCUUUGCCCUUUUGGGGAUAGAAUGUUUCAUGGAACCUCUCCUGUGUGUUCCCUAUAUAAGAAUAAAGAAUUCCGGUGGCUCUC